AAAGAUGGAAAGGGAAGCAGUAGUACUAGAAUGAGCUCCGAAAAGGUUCCUCUUCCCACUUAAAUUAGAACCUCAUUUCUCACUCUGUCUCUCUCUCUCUCUAAGGUGGUUCGGUUUGGUUGGGUUCAACACUGCUAAGGUUGCCGGGAUGUGGAACCCACGCGCUCUUUAUUCUCCACUCGCUCUUCCUCUUCUUCUUCUUCUUCUUCUCCACUUCCUCCUUGCUCUCGUCUCUGCUCAGAGAUCUGUGUGGAACACACUCAACGGAGUUGCACCGGUGGUUGUGGCGCGUGGUGGAUUUUCGGGGAUAUUUCCGGAUUCAAGUGAUGGUGCCUAUAAUUUGGCAGUGAUUACGAGUGGACCUGAUGUGUAUGUGUCGUGUGAUGUGCAAUUGACCAAGGAUGGAGUUGGGAUUUGUCUUCCUGAUAUCAACCUUGCGAAUUCUACUUACAUUGCAUCCACUUUCCCAAACCAAACCAAAAGCUACGUGGUCAAUGGUGUAGCCGUUCGUGGCUAUUUUUCUCUGGAUUACACCCGCAAGGACCUUUCCAAUGUUGUCUUAACUCAGGGAGUAUACUCUCGUUCCAACCUGUUCGAUGGAAACAGUUUUCCAAUUCUUACUAUUGAUGAUUUAGGUACAUUAAACCAAAAACCAAAAGGAAUAUGGUUGAAUAUUCAGCAUGAUAAUUUCUACGCACAGCACAAUUUGAGUAUGAGAAACACUGUGCUUUCAGCUUCUAGAAGAUUGGUUUUCAGUUAUAUCUCAUCACCUGAGGCUGGUUUUCUGAAAAGUAUAGCAUCACGCUUCAACCCAAAAACAACAAAACUGAUCUUCAGGUUUAUGGAACAGAGUGACAUAGAUCCAUCAACCAAUCAGACUUAUGGUUCGCUUUUAAAGAAUCUUACAUCUAUCAAGACAUUUGCCUCUGGAAUUCUUGUUCCAAGGCGAUAUAUAUGGCCUGUUGAUGCAACUCUUUAUCUACAACCACAUACAUCUUUGGUCUCGGAUGCACAUAAAGUGGGGCUGGAAGUUUUUGCAUCAGAUUUUGUGAAUGAUGUUCCAGCUAGCUUUAAUUACAGUUAUGAUCCUCUUGCCGAGUACCUCCAAUUCAUAGACAAUGGUGACUUCUCUGUUGAUGGUGUGCUGUCUGAUUUUCCCGUAACCGCAUUUGAAGCUAUAGGUUGCUUUGCUCACCUAGGCAACAAUGCUACAAAAACAGAUAAAACUUUGAUUAUCUCAAAAUAUGGAGCAAGUGGAGAUUAUCCUGCUUGUACUGACUUGGCAUAUAAUAAUGCCAUAUCUGAUGGUGUGGAUGUUCUUGACUGUCCUGUUCAAAUUUCCAAGGAAGGAACACCAUUUUGCUCAAACUCCAUUGAUCUUAUAGAGAGUACUUUAGUCGCCCAAUCAAGCUUCAGCAAACUUGCCAUGAGUAUCCCUGAGAUCAAAUCUGGCAGUGGCAUAUUUUCAUUCAGCUUGUCGUGGACUGAUAUAAAAGGCUUGACCCCUUCAAUAUUGAACCCUUAUGCAAAAUACAGAUUGUUCAGGAAUCCAAAAUAUAAGAACGAGGGGAAAUUGUUGACGUUAUCAGAUUUCUUGUCUUUAACAAAAAAUCAGACUUCUCUAUCAGGUGUUGCAAUCACUGUUGAGAAUGCAGCCUAUCUUGACAAGCAAGGAUUAAAUGUGAUUGAUGCAGUCAUGAGUGCUUUGAGCAAAGCAGGUUAUGAUAAACCAGGACCCCAAAAGGUUUAUAUUCAAUCCACCAAUAGCUCUGUACUGCAGAAGUUCAAGGAGAAAACCAGUUAUGAGCUUGUCUACAAGAUUGACGAGACUGUUGGUGAUGCGGCUAAUGCAGCUAUUACGGACAUAAAAAGCUUUGCUAGUUCUGUGAUUGUGAGCAAGGAUUCUGUAUUUUCUAGUAGCAGUAAAUUCCUGACAAGCACUACGAACACUGUGAAAAAGCUGAAGGCUGCUAACCUCUCAGUUUUCGUAGAAACAUUCAGCAAUGAGUUUGUGUCUCAAGCAUGGGAUUUCUUCUCAGAUGCAACUGUUGAGAUCAACUCAUUCAUUCAGGGAGUACCAAUAGAUGGUAUCAUCACAGACUUCCCUAAAACUGCUAACAGAUACAGAAGGAACAAAUGCUUAAAUUUGGGAAGAAAUAAUACACCUACUUAUAUGGAAGCUGUUCAACCAGGUGGUCUUUAUGGACUGAUUACCAAAGAAUUCUUGCCUCCAGCUGAGGCUCCACUCCCACCUUUAACAGAAGCUGAAGUGGCAGAGCCACCUUUGCCUCCGGUUGCUAAAAUAGACCCUGCUUCGAGCCCAAACACUGGAACCAAUGCACUUCCACCUGGCAAUGCACAGGCCAAGGUCACUGUCUGCCUCUUCUUGUCCACUCUGGCUCUGUUUAUAGCUUCUUCUCUUGUGCUUUGAGUUAAAUCAUCUCUAAACUUCCCUCUGAAAAAAAAAUGAGAAAAGAUUGCUUUUGCUGGUUUCAAGCCUCAAUUUCUCCAUCUCUUCUAGGAUUGAGUGGUGGCAUGAAGCUUUUGGCUUCAGAUUCUGCAUGAACAUUCCACAUUUUUUGUUUUUCUUAAAAAAGAGCAAAUUCUUUCAAUCUUAUUUGUUGUAGCAAUGCUUGUGCAUUCUUAGUUCCUCAUUGCUUCUCGGGUUUAUACUGUGAGAGGACAAAAGCCCGCGUGGUAUAUAUAUUUAUGAAUUCUUUUUAGAUGUGUAUUCUGUAUCUUUUUUUGUAAGAUAUAUUUAUAUUUGUACUUGUUGGGGUGGGUGCAUUUGGCAUGACAUACUAGUAGGAGACAAUGUUAAUAUUGGCAUGUCUGGGAUAUGAAUGAAAAAAAUCAACUGAAUAGUCCUA